AGUGGCUGGCGAAAAGCUCGAAACGAUUAUGUUCGAGGUGUGCGUGCGGUGAGGGUUGUUGGUUCGGCUGGCAUGUCACCGCUGGCGCCGCCUUCACCUUGGACGGCCUUUGCGGAAGGCUCAAAACCUUGCAUGCUUGCGAGCCGAGCUGGUGUGUCUCGGAGUUGACGUGUCACAUCUUCCCCUCACGUGGAGGCAAAUUCGUUCCUCUCCUUAACUUAGCUUGUCUUACCCAACUCUGUAAAUACCUCAGCGAAACUAUGGCUCCACGCCGCCUUUGAGAUAGCCGAGUUACUUCGCCCUUAGGCAACCCCUGCAAUCCCGUCGUAGUGUACUUCUGGAGGCUCACAGCCCGAUAGAUUUCAGAUACAGGAUUCGCGCGCGACAGGCUUGGAACGUGGAUUCGUGGCAGGCUCGGAACGUGGAUUCGCGCAACAGGAUGAAUAAGAGAGUCUAGGGUGCAUGAGUAGAAUCGUCGCGACACACGAGGCGAGGAGGCGGAGACGAUUUUUUAGGCGCCUCAAGAAUAAGAGAUUCAAGGGUGCAUGAGCAGAAUCGUUGCAACACACGAGGCGAGGAGGCGGAGACGCCGUGCUCCUCCCGUCUCGUCACGGCAGCGAGCUUGUUCUGAGGAGGCUCUAUCCGAGGAGGCUCUAUCUGAGGAGUCUAAGAAAUAGACUCGCGCCAGCCGAUUCCGUUGCUGUGCCAAUCCCGUUGCCGUGAUAGGUUUUUGAGAGUUCUCAAGGCGACACUCCCGUGUCAUCAAGCGACAGUAAAUCUGUUUCAAGGCGCCAGCCAAUCUCGUUGCCGUCGCCUCCCAGUGCGUCACCAGCAUGGCGUCUGCGGGCUUUCUCUCCCGCAGAUGGCGCGCGCUUUCCCAGCAAAACUCCGCCAGCACCGUUUCCAGCGCGCUCUCCGACGCGGGAACGGGCGGAAGCACGUCCUUGCGCCGCCACGACUCGGGUUCGAGUCCCGACACCGACACUUCUUUCAACUCACCUAUAACGCACCCUGGCUCAGGCCCUUUAACGGGGACAACGGGGGGAAGACGGCGCGGGGAGGUCGCGGGGAGUGCGGCACUUGGCGGAGGCAGGGCUACGAACGAAUCCAGUAGCGAAUCUAGGAGCGAAUCUGUAGCUAGAUUCGCUUAUGAUGACGGCAGCUUGUCUCCCGCGAGACGGCGCCCCCCGGGAUUAGGUCGGCGCGCUUUGUCGUUUGGCAUGUCGCCGUGGCGCUUUGACUAUAACGAUGCGGCUUCUAACGCGGCUUCUGGCGAGUCCGCGCCUGCGAGAGGAUCUAGCAGUGUGCGGCAGAGGAGGCGCGGAUUUUCGCGCAGAGGACGGGUGGGGGGGAGGGCGGGCGGAGGCGCGGAUUCUUCCCCCAUGACGCCCGCGGGCGUGCGGACGCGGGGAGCUGCGCGCGCAUGGGGUGGGCGGAAUAGCAGCGCGUCCGCAGGGGGAGAGUCGCCAAGGGGGAUUGGGGUCGGCCCUGCCGCGGCUGCUGCAGCUGUGGCUGCGGCGGCGACUGCUGACGCGGCAGUGGCAGUGGCAUCAGAUGGAGGAUUUGUGGACGUCCCACUGGACGGAAUCCGUCAGAUGUCUGCCAGAGGCACAACUCGUGGCUCUCCAGCUUCUCAACCACAUCUCACCGCAUCAGACCGCAGAUCAUCUUCCAGAGUGCGCAGGUGGCUCUCCGCCUUGAACGUCAUUGGUCGGGCGCGCCGCGACCGCCAGCUCGACCGCCAGCUCAGCGCCACGUCAUCCAUGCGGGCGGAUCACCGCUUCCAGGCACCUUCCUCUCCUCUUAGGCACUCAACCCACCAGCAGCAGCAGCAGCCGGGGCGGCAGGGGCGGCAGGGGCAGGAGCAAACGCAGGAGCAGGAACAGGUGCAGGGGCAGGGGCAGGGAUUGGGACAGCAGGGGCAGGGGCAAAUUGCGCUUCGCAACUACAUGGGGCAUGGGAUUCAUAGUUUCAACAGUGGGUAUAGCCCCAGCCGCGGAUUCAGCCCCAGCCGGUUUAGUCCAAGCCGGGGUUUUAGCCCGAACCACGGGUUUAAUGGUGGGAUUAGUGGCGGCACGGGUGGGGGUUUGAGUGGCGGCGUGAAUGGGAGUGAGUCUCCUAGUACCCUGCAGUCGAAUCCCCACCAGCAGUACCACCAGUACCGGCAGCAGUAUAACCACCAACUGCAGCAACAGCAGCAGCAGCAGCAGCAGCAGCAGCAGCAGCAGCAGCAGAGUUACCAAGAGCACAUGCAGCAGCAGCUAGCCUCCCCUCAGAGGCAUGCCAACCAGCAGCAGCAGCAGCAGCAGCAGCAGCAAGUGCAGUUCCCCUUCCGCCAACCUUUCCGAGAGCUACAAACCGGAGGGGGGGCUAUCCCUGUGUUCCCCUACCCUUCCCCCCAGCACCCCCUGCAGUCCCCCUCCAGGCACCACUCCACUGCCUCCCCCAACAUCCUCCAUCCCACGAGCUCACCCCUCCACCAAGCACUCUCCAAUCUCACCUCCCCUUCCUCCUCCCCUUCCCCCAACUCCCCCCGGCUCACCCCCUCCUCUCAACCGCACCUCACCUAUUCUAACUCCCUGCCUUUCCGGACCCUCCAAACGCUCCCUGUGCUGCCCCCCUUGCCUGAUCAAGACGAUGGGGAUGACAGUCUUCCUCCCCCUGUCUCCACACUCCCUGCGACCAUGCACUCGAGUCCAAGCCCCGCCGCCCCGGCGCGCGCUACAGUGGGUGCUACAGUGCCCGAUUCGCCACUGCUGCUAUUCCGGGAUAGGGAGAGGAGCAGGGAGAGGGAGGAGAGGGAGGAGGGAAGCGAGAGGGAGAGGGAGAGGGAGAGGGAGAGGGGAAGGGAGGGCGAGAGGGAGAUUGGUGGAGAACGGGAGAGGGAGAGGGAGAGGGAGAGAGGAGUGGGUUUGCCGUCUGCGCGACUGCCUAGGUGGUUGCGAUCCCGUCGCGCUAGGAGGAAUGCGCCAUCCUCAGAGGCAGCAGACGACUUCUGGUGGCAGGGCGACAUGAGCGAUGAGGACUCGGGCGUGAUCGAAGCAGCCAUGCAGGCCAUUCUCAUGGAUGGGCUUGCAGGCGCGCUGCAGGGGGGCGGGCUGCAGGGAGGGGGGAUGCAAGGAGCGGGGGGGAGGCGCCUGAUGAUGCCGCAGAUGCUGCUGUUUGAGGACGAGGAGGCGUGGACGUACGAGCAGCUGCUUGAGCUUGAUCGGAACAACGUCAGACGCGGCCUGAAGCAGCAGGAGAUGUGGAAACUUGAUCGGCGCAAGAUGGGGCACGAGGACGAGCGGAUGGACUGCCAGAUCUGCCUGUGCGAAGCCAGCACGGGGGAGCUGCUCACCACGCUACCGUGCAAACAUACUUACCAUGACGCCUGCAUUUCCCCCUGGUUCAAGUCCCACCGCACGUGCCCCAUCUGCCGCUUUGAGAUUGCGGACUGACUCCCACGGCAGCAGGAAGCAUGUCAGAACCAUGGGCAUUGGAAGGGGCUGCUGCCGCUACAGGAGCAGAAGGGGGAUGGCUGACUCACUCCCCACUAGAGCUCCAGAAGACUAGAGCAGCAAUGUAAAUCCCUGCAAGUUGCUGCCUUGCGGUUGGGUGCCUUGCAUAUUUGCCAAACGUCCUUGGCUGCAUCUUGCAUCUUGCACCUCGCAUCUCGGCACGACACCUCUCCGGUUUUAAUUUCUUUCUCCUGCCCUAGCUGAGAUGAGAACACUCUCCCGCUGGUGUGCUAACUUAGGUUAGACAGUGCAGACGUAAGGUUUAUUGUACGGAAGGGUAGGCUAGGCUGCUGUGCUGCUUUGAUUUCAGAAUAAGCAAUGUGUCAGUGACUCAGUGUCAGAGCCCCUGGUCUGGUGCCAUGCUUGCUGGUAGCCAUUGCAAUUUGGGAGGGUCUCUUGAGACGGCCACGGUAUAGCCACCCUGAAAUGUGACAGUUAGACCCUAUGGCACCAACUGUGCAUGGACCCACCCGGAGUCCCGACUCCCGAGUCCC